CAUUCCCCAGCGUGCUUUGCGGGGAGGCUGCCUCCCCGUGGGACCCGGAUGAGGAGCAGGCGGCAGAGGAUGGAGGCAGCCUCGCUUCAGCGCCACCGCUCUCUUUCCAAAGGAGCCUCUCCGCCGCCCUGGAAGGACGCCUUCCGACAGCGCUGUGCCGAAAGGCUGAAGAACAGCAGGGCUCGGCUGCUGGAAAGAUACCGAAAAGCAGGAGACAAUGCCACUUUUAGGGAAGAUAAAGAGACCCUUUUGGUGCAAGAAGUGAUGGAGGUGGAAUGGAAGGCAGAGGCCUUUGCAGAGGCACUGGAGGACUCUGAGCUGGCCAUCCUGGAGGAGAUCCAGCAGGAGCUGAUCUGGCAAGAGCAACAACGGGCUGCCAUGGAAGAGGAGUACGAACACAGCCUGCGCUUCGAUGAGGAGAGCCUGAAGGCCACGCUGCAAGGCCUGGAGGAAGGGCUAGGCAUCCUCUGCCCUGUUUGCAGGAGGCACUCGCUUGGUGUGACAAGCCGCUUGGUGGCGUGUCCAUGUGGGUUACGCAUUGCCACACAGGAGAUGACCGAAGACAAGCUCCGCUUGCUGCUGGAUGAGGCCAUGAUGGAACACAACCAGCGUUGUCAUGGAAGCCCCGAAUUUGCCAUUACGAGCAAGAUGGAAGGAGAGGCCACCCUACUCAUGACCUGCAAGGUUUGCGAUUCCUGGGCUGUCAUUUUAUGAUCUUAAUGGCUGACUCCACCAACGCCGCCGUCCUCCAAGAAGCACUGUGUCAAUGAAUGUCUCUGCGAGAUACACGAUGUAUAGAACUGUACAAUGUAUAGAACCAUAAAGAGCACUUGGUGCUUGAUUUUGUGUGUUAAGUUAUAUGGAAUGAUGCUGGGUUGUUUGUUUGUUUUGUUCCACUGCCAAAUAAAGUAUUCCUAUUAAGUCAA